AGCGAUCAAAUAGUGAACCGUGCCUCGUUUUGGCUGGAAAUCAUGGUUGUGAAGCUUGUUGGUCUCUACUCCUCAACAUGUACCCGGAUGGUCACGGUAGCCCUUAGGGAGAUAGGCGUCCCAUAUGAGCUGAUACCAGUCGAUUUCUUUAACGAUCUCAAGAAGGAAGAAUUCCUCGCCACCAAGCAGCCUUUCGGCCAGAUUCCGAUACUUAUCGAAGACGAUGGAUUCCAGCUUUUCGAAGGCCGAGCAAUCGCGCGGUACUUGAUUGCGAAAUAUGCGCCAGAUAGCAGUCUCAUACCGAAAGAACCGAGGAAGCUCGCUUUGUUCGAGCAGGCGAUGUCAAUCGAGAACAAUGACUUCUACUUUUAUGUUUCGGGAAUGUCUAUAGAGAAAUAUUAUAAGCCUCUGAAAGGCUUGCAAGGGUCUGAGGAACGUGCUGCCGAGUAUGCUUCUAUACUCGAAGAGAAAUUGAAGGGAUACGAGCGCAUUUUGAGUAAACAGAAGUAUCUUGCUGGAGACGAACUUACGCUCGCAGACCUUAUCCACCUGCCAUACGGAGACCUCGUAACAGAAUUGGGUUUCAAGGGACUUACAGCGACGCCGAAUGUCGCUCGGUGGUGGGCCGACAUAUCAUCGCGUGAGACGUGGAAAGUAGUCCAGGCGGAGAUGAAAGUAGAGAUGGACGCCUUCUACGCAUCGCAGAAGCUGAAGCAGUCAUAGGCGGUUGCCCGAGUUGUGGUUCUGUAUUAUUAAAAGUAAUAAACGCGGACUCUUCGGGUCAUCUAUUGUUUCAGGCUCUUGGGUACUUUGGGGAUCUGCACCACACAUAUCUGGUCACGGAGACGUGAGAGGAAGGAUGACCUGUCCGCUGAGGAAGUGAUGGCAACAUAUGGUAUCCCAGAAUAGUACAGUAGAUG